AACAAGACACAAUAUUGAGAUAACUAAUACUCAUAUUCAACAAAUAUGAAGAUCACUAACGUUCUAGGGCUCUCUUUCCUUUUCUUUGCCUUCAUAGGAACCUCAUUUCCAGAGGCAGUUCAUGCCAAAGAUGCUGCAGCAGUGCUCGAUGUCUUCGGUCAUGAGGUGCAAGCUGGUGCUCGUUAUUUAAUCGUAGCCCCCUCGACUGACAAUACAACAACUCUUGCAGUCACUAUCAAUGGCCAGGUCUUAUGCAAUUCAGAUGUUAUACUUUCCACAUUGAACGAGAGCCUCCCAAUAACAUUUUCACCAGUUAUACAAUCCACCGAUAGUGUCAUCCGCGAAGGAACUCAUCUAAAUGUGAACUUUGCAGGGCCAAGUGCCAUGUGCUUAAUGGGAGGCGUGACACCCAUGUGGAAAAUCGGAUUCAGUACAACACUGAAAGGAUACAUUGUGACCACUGGAGGUGUUGAUAGAUUGAAUCGGUUUAAGAUCACCAAGUAUGAAGGUGAUAAUAGUUUUUAUCAGCUUUCAUUUUGUCCAAUGUCCGAACCCUUCUGUGAAUGCUCAUGCGUCCCAGUUGGCGUCAACGGUGACAAGAACUUGGUUCCUGGUGCCGGCCCUCUUCUUGUUAUGUUUGAACCAGAUGAAUAGAGAGCACCAAAAAUCGAGAAUAAAAUGGUGUCAGAAUGAUAUUGAGGGAAGUCGAUUGCCUAUUAUCAUGUUUGAACCAGAACUAUUAUCUACUGCAAUCCUGUAUGAGGGAUCUCGACUGCCUACUAUCAUGUGGUGGGCAUAAAUAAAACUUAAAUAAAUAAGAAGCUUUUCAGCUUUGGCUUUUCCUUAA